AUGUCCAAACCAGUGGCGGUAGUAACAGGUGCAGGCUCAGGCAUCGGCCUGGCCGUAGCAACGCACCUUCAUAGCAAAGGCUUCCGCGUGGUCAUCGCAGAGCUCAAUCCUACUACUGGCGCCGAAGCCGCCAAAAAGCUCGGUGACAAUGCGACUUUCAUCCAGGUCGAUGUCGCCUCGUACCCAUCACAAGCACGCCUGUUCAAACAAGCCUACGAAUGGGGUGGCAAUCGCCUCGAUUUCUUCCAUGCAAACGCUGGCAUCGACGACAGACAGAUGCUGUAUGAUGGAACGGAGAAAGAGGAGGUGGACGCGGAGGGCCUAGUCAAACCCCUGAACACCAAGAGCAUGCAAGUUAAUCUCGAGGCAGUGAUCCAGGGACUGUGGUUGUUCAAGUACUACGUAAGGCGAAGCAAAGAGGCCGGUGGAGGAAAGGGAAAGUUUGUGGCAACGAGUUCGGCGGCGGGAUUAUACUUCAUGACACAAAACCCACAAUAUACUGCCUCCAAGUACGGUAUCGUGGGUUUGGUCCGCGCAGCCGGGCCAAUCCUCGUCAAAGAAGGCAUUACUGUCAACGCAAUCUGCCCGGCCUUCAUCCCAACGGGCCUCUGUCCGCCCGAGAUCCUGCCGCUCUGGCCGAAGGAGCACAUCACGCCCAUGGCUACGGCAUUGAAAGCCAUCGAUGCAAUAUUGGCAGACGACACCCUUACGGCUGAAACGAUCGAGCUGUCGCAGGAGAACAUUUACUUCAGGAAAUGCGUGGACUGGGUGAAUGAGAGUCAGAGAUGGAUAGGUGAGGAGAGCCAGAGCAUCUGGGACUUGGGAUACCAAAAAGUGCCGGAGAGACCGAACUUUGAAUGA